AUGCUGGCUCAUGCCAAGAUUAAUGAUGAUGCCGACGACAACACCGGGGGAAUUUAUAAAUGGACGAUGGAUGCUCUCUUUGGACGCCGUGUUUCGCCAUCAAGGAGAUUCAAAGAGGCGUCACAGGACGAUACAAACUAUAAAUUGAAGAGUAAGGGCACAACUAAAAAUGAAGGCAAUGGAGUACCGUACAAUAGUUGGACUCGAAACAGCCGUCAGCGGUCCAGUUCAACCAGUUCGAUAUCUGACAAGUCCUUCCUAAAGCGGUACGAUCUCUUGCAAGAUGAGGAAAAUAUGGAGAAUACCGGACAAGGAAUGAGCCCCGUCCGUCAUCGAGAUUUGUUCGAUCUAAGGGAGCCAAGUUUAAUCCCGCCCCAUUGGGACCGCGACCAUGUGGGGCAGUUCAAUGUCCGGGGCGAAGAUUUAGACAGUUCCGACACAUUUUCAGGUCGUAAGCAACAGGGAAGUAGUCGAGGGCCCCAAGCAACAGAUGAUGACAACAGUCUCAAAUUUCGUGUGCCGAGGCAUAAUGACCCCCUUAUCUCCAAGCUUUUCGGUAAAGAAGCCCCGUCACAUUCAAAUUCGAUUCCGGGAAAAUUUCCAUCGCCUCUUAAACACAGCAAUGACAAACAGCCUCCCCCGGUAGCGCCGGUAGAAUCUCAUCAUAAAGACUUCACAGACGAUUACUUGCAACUUCUACAGGACUUAGAUUUAAACGGCCAGAAACUCAGACAAUUACAGGAGGGUAUUCAGUACCGCCACGAUGACCAACAGCUUCGAGAAGCCAGUUACCGCGAAAAAUACCUUACUAUGCGCCAAGAAUUGAUAACGGAACUUAAACAAUCUAAACGCAUCUACGACAACUAUUACAAGCUCUACGCAAAAUACAAGCAAUUGAAAGACGUGAAAGCCAAACCACUCUACGAACCCACUUCCCAGCAGCAUGUGCGCGAUCUAGAAGCUCAGGUAGUGGACGCCUCCAUUGAAAGGGCGGAGCAAGUUCGCAAACUCAACGACACUAUUUUCAGUCUCGAACUAAAGCAGCAAGAAACGCUAGCAGAGCACGAGCGGGAACGGAUUAAAUACCAGUCUCGGAUAGCAGAACUGGAAAGUCUCCUACGUUCUCAGCUUUCAGGUUCACCGAGCAAGCUAGCAGCUCAGCACCCUACUCCCUACUCAACUACCUACACAUAA